GUCCUCCCCACCCCCACCGACCUUCUCUAGGAUCCGUCUCUGCAAUAAUGUCCGCUCCGGCCUCUGAGCUGGCUGCCGCUCACUCUUCUCCAGCGGACCGCUCGCAGAGCCAGACUCCCACUUUGGAGAAGCUGCACCUAAUCUCGCAUGAGGCUGCCCAAGCGCCCGUUAUCGCCGUCGAUCUCGACGACGUGCUGGCACAGACGAAUCGCUCGGUAGCUGAAUGGCACAACGAGGUUUACGGCACGGACAUGACCGUAGAUGACUUUCUCUACUAUUACUACUGGAAGAACAAGUACUGGGGUUCCCCCAAAGAGACAGCGGAGAAGGUGGCAGACUACUACAAGUCGAAGAGAAUAUUCCGCACAGAGGUUGUACCUGGCGCGGUCGAGGGCACUCGGGCGCUAAAGGACAUGGGCUUCCGGCUGCUCAUCGUGACAGCUCGUAAUCCUGACCAGGCCGACGAGAGCUGGCAAUGGGUGGAAGAGCAUUUCCCGGGGAUUUUUGAGAGCAUCAUCUGCACCGGCCAGUUCAAGAACGCCACGAAGAACGAACAUGAAGUUGUCACAAAGCUAAGCAAGGCGGAGGUUUGCGCCGGUCUGAAGGCCAAGGUGCUCAUCGAUGACUCGUCGGAGAACGCGCUCCAGGUCGCCACCGCGACCCACCUGUCGCACAAGAUACACGUCCUGCUAUUUGGGGAGUACGAGUGGAACAAGCGCACAUCGAGUUCAGACGACGCCAAACCGGAGAUGGUCUACGAGGAGCGCUUGAAGCGGGAAAACGGUCGCGAGUUUUGGAAGGACGAGCAUCUGGAGGAUCGUCUCCCUCCCGACGCGCCAUUGACGCGCGUGAAGAGCUGGGAGGAGGUGGUCGCGUGGGUACGCGCGCACCCGGAAUUAUUGACGCGUACGUAGGCGUGACCGCGACGUCGCAGUCGCGUGGUGGCGGCGCGCUGAGCGCGUCCUGCACUGCACCGAUAGACGACAUCUAUGACCGCCUUUUCCUCCGAGAGGGCGGUUGCCGCAUGAUGCCCUGAGCACGACGAGGUGGAGCAUUAACGGCGACCGUACGCACCCUCGAAUACAGUGAAUCGCCUGAUAUGCCGCUGCAGUGUUCAUGAAGGCCGUGCAUCGUGGCCACGUUCACGCGGGAUUCCCUCACUCUAGCCUGCCGCGGCUUCAGCCUGAAGCGCAGAGGACACGGUCCCCCCG